UUGAGUAAGAAAAGGCCAUCCGAGACUUGAAUUGACUGAUCUUUCGGACAUGAUAAUAUACUCUAACCCUUAAAGAUCAAAAUCUAGGUCUUAAUUCUCUAAAUCUUAUACCCCAAGAUCAAUUUAAUUAGAAACAAUAAUCGACGGUUAUGAUUCGUCCAAAUAUAGGCAAAAAAAUCAAUGCAUCAUCUUAGGAUUUAUAGUUUAUGAUUUAGAUAAUUAGGACCUAGGGUUCACUCAUUAAGGAUUAGGGUAUAGUAUCAUGCCCAAAAAUCAUGUUUAUUCGAGGUCUAAAUAGCGUUUUCAUACUCAAAGUAUGUAAUACCCCGGAUUUCACCCGGGGUACCGUAGAAGGCACUAUAUAUAUAUAUGGUCAUUACUAAAGAUCUAAAUCAAAUUAAUCAAAUUUCGUUUACAUCGAUGUGGAAUUCAUAUAAAUCUGUGGAUUAUUAUAAGGAUCACUCACCAUACCCUAAAUACUCUUUGCACGCACUCAAAAAGUUCCAAAGAUUCAUUACAAUCUUUACAAAACCAUACAUUUGUAAGAUUCCACGAAUUCUUGCCAUAAUAACUUGCAAAAUACAUCAUUUCUCGAAAAUUUUGUAAUCCAAUUUCCAAAUUUUUUUUGGGUAGAAGUAUUCCACAUGUUUUGGUUAGACAGUAUCCCUGCAAGUCCAGGGAAAACGGGGAAACCUCAAGCUAGUUUGGCCCGUCUUUCUGCUCCAAGCCUCAACUUGGCCCAAUUUGAAGACAUGGAAUCAAUUUGGGCCUUUGAAUGAUAAAGAAGCCCAAACUGAAAUGAAAAAAACCCCAGACGUUCUUAUCCACUUCCAACGGUUCUGAAUUCCUCAAAAUUUUCUUCCCCCCGGUGCAUUAACUACUUUUCAAAGCCACUCACUUCACUCUCAGAAAGCUCAAGAAACAAAAAAUGGCGCUCUCUGCUUCCGCCGCCAUCGCAAGCCCCAAAUCCCUCUUCCGCGCUCAAGCCCUUCCCUCCAUUUCAAAACCCACUUGCUCGUUUUCUUGCUUCUCCUCAUCGCAACCUCAAUUCGACAGAAAUGCCAACAGCAACCCCUCUUUGAACUCUGUUCCCAAGCGGAAGAAUCGCAUAGUUGAUGCGGGCAUCGGGCUGUUGUCGGCUUCGAUUCUCGCUCUUUCUCCGAUGGACGCCGACGCCACCAGGAUCGAGUACUACGCCACGGUGGGAGAGCCUAUGUGCGAGUUCAAUUUCGUCCGGUCUGGGCUCGGCUACUGUGACGUCAUUGAAGGUCCCGGCGAAGAGGCGCCUUAUGCUGAGUUGAUCAAUAUACAUUACACUGCUCGAUUUGGCGAUGGGACGGUUUUCGAUAGCAGUUAUAAACGGGCUAGACCGCUCACUAUGCGGAUUGGAGUCGGUAAGGUGAUUAAAGGUCUGGAUCAGGGGAUUUUCGGGGGUGAUGGAGUACCUCCAAUGCACAUAGGUGGGAAGCGUAGGCUUUUCAUUCCUCCAAAGUUAGCAUAUGGACCAGAACCUGCAGGCUGCUUCUCAGGCGACUGCAACAUCCCUGCCAAUGCAACUCUUGUCUACGACAUCAAAUUCGUCGAGAUUUACUCCGGAAACAGAAAGUUAAGCAAUCCCUAAAGUCUGACGACAAUGGCAUAUAUAUAGGAAGAGAACUCAAGGCGGAAGAAACAAGUUUCCUCGGUGUAAAUCCUCAUUCCAGUUGGUGUUUCCUUCCCUUGUUACACCUUGAUUCACAUUCAAAAUCCCAAGAGUCUAGCAUUUGCAUAUUGAAUACAGAAGAACAGCAUCAUCCAUACUUGUGGACACUUGCUUUCGUGCUGAAUUCGGAAACAGUUUGCAGACAAAGCAGUCUGCACAUUAGUAUCUAGAUGACAGGAAGGGAAGGGGGUGGAACACAUUUCUACAAUAAGUAUUCUGGUGAACA